UAAGGAAAAAACUUAAGAAGAGGUAUCGUCUAAAAGACGAUGUGCGACGAGGCAAAUUACUGACUGUGAGGUAUCAAGGCAUGUGGCACUACAUUCAUGGGCGGUAGUAAGCCCGAUUUGUUCGAUCUCACAAUGUAUGGUAUUUUGAAAAGUAUCGAAGGCUGUGAUAUUUUCCAAAACUUGCUGGCUCAUACAAAGGUUAACAUUUGAUACAAUACUGUGAGAGAGCAAAUUGAUGCACAUUCUGAUAACGCGAGUUUGAGUAGAUAAUGUAUUGUUCUCACGUGUGUAUAGUUAUUUAUUCACAUAAUAAAUCGUACUCGUGAAUAUUACGAUGUGGCUUAAUAAUAUUGCUAUAAGAGAAAAUCUAUGUAGAUCAGUAUACCAGUGAAAUAAAUCAUUCAAUGAACAAUUUUAAUCAAAUAUGUAUGAAAAUUAGAUCUGAAAUAAAAAUAUCAAUACUUGCUCAUUUUACAGGAAAUUUUCAAACAAAAAUUAGUGAUCUACCUAUUAUAUCUGAAUUAAAUAAUCAGAGAAAAAAAGAAUGGAAAAAAAGAAUCUCUUGAGUUACAAUUUAUUAUUUUCAAGUUUUAUUACAAGAUUUUUUUGAACAGUCAUUUACUAGUAAUUGCUCAGUGACUAGUGCAGACCCUACAAUUUAUAUGCAUAACAGUAUAAAUUAUAAAUUAAACUGUACAAGCUGAUGAAACACAAGUGCAAAGCCUUUGUAUUGAGCCUCUUGCAUUUCAUCGCCAUUAGUAACGACAAAGACAAAUGGCUUUGAGUCCGCUAAAUUCGAUGAAAAAUAUUUAGUAUCUCUAUAAUGUAUAACGUAGCAUUAAAUGAUUACCUACAUGUUUUAAUUCAUUAAUUUACUGGACAUAAUCGAAUGGCGAAUUUUUCAAAUCUUAUAUAAUAAAAAUUCAAAGUUUUUAUUUAAAAUAAAGUCAAAGCAAUGACCUUGAUAAUUAUUGCCCAAAAACAUACUGAGAUAGCUACAUUAUUUCCUCCCUGAAAACUACACAACUUUUCUGGCAACAUAUUUUUGAAAAAAUAUAAAUUAUCUCUCUAAAGACCAUUUGUUUAGAUAAAAAUAAAUCACCUUGCAUUUUAUAUGUGUUUCUUCAAAUAUUUUUAUAUUAUAUGGCAUGUAAAAUAAUAGAAUUUUAUUCUAAAUUCCGGCGUUAAUAUUAAAUUGUCGAAAGCGAACUUCUACAUCCUAAUUUAAAUUCUUCACUGUUUCGUGACAAAAUCAAAUAUCAAUAAACAAAUCCAAUAUAUGAUAUAAACGAACUAUCAACACAAGCAUGGUACUAGCAAUGCAAUAUCAAGAAAAUAAGAUACUUGCAGUCAGGUUUAGUCCGUAUCAAAAAAUUACUGGACCUAUAUUGCAUGGACUGAAAAAAUUAAGCAUACAAGAGAAAGUAGUGAUUCUCAACAGUAUAAAAGAUUACUUGUCCAAAACUGGAUUCUAGUUGGUAUGUAAAUCCAAAAGAAGUAAUACUUAAUGCUAAAGAAUCUCGACAAAUAGCAAUACAGUUUCCGAAAAAAGAUUUUGCGUUAUUGCAACGUUUGGAAUUGUCGUCAGCGAGUUGAUUUAUCAGCGUGGAUAAUAUUUAUCGUUGCAAGUUGCAACCAUGAUGUAAAGAACAUACAUCAUGAAUUGGCACUUCAUCUGAUUCGCACUUGAAAGUUUCGAAAUGGAGUAUGCGAUUGCUCGUACAUUAAAAAAGAAAAAAAGGAGAGAAAUCGCGAAAAAUGCAGUUGAGAGGGGAAACUGUUCAACUUAGAUACGGGAUAAAAAUUGUCAUUGACCCUUCGUAGAAAGACCUUGAGCGAGAUGGCCGUGUCCCUGCAAACUCGCGUUUUCUAUGGUCUGAAAACAGACAUCGCCGGUAACGCUCAUUACAUCACAGAUGCUGAGAUUUUAUAUCCGGUUGGUAAUACACUAGCGAUUCACAACGUUCUUCAGUAUCAGCAGAAGUUGAUUCGAUUACCCGACAAGUAUCACGCAAACGUCAUUUGUAUCUCGCCUAACAAAAAAUAUGUCGCUUUAUCCGAAGUAGGAGAUAAACCUAUUAUAUCCGUUUACGAUCUCAACUCUUUGAAGCGAAGGAAGUUGCUCGGUAUACCUUUUGACUGUCCAGGAGUGACCAGGUUUACGUGUAUGGGUUUCACUUUUGAUAGUAAGAAUCUAGUAGCGAUCACCGGUGAACCCGAUCAAACAAUGCUCUUUUACAACUGGGAAAAGGGUAAAGUCGAGUCGACAUUCAAGCUGGUCAAUCCGCAAAAUCCGUUGGCGAUCGCUGAUGUGUUGGCCUGCAAUCCGUCGGACGCGACGGUGGUGGCGGUUGGCGGCGUUUAUACCUUCAAAUUUCUCACCGUUUCCGAGACGGUAUGGCGUCCAUACGGUUUCGCCAAGGCGGAGAACCUUUUGGUCUGUUCGAUGGCCUGGCUGGACGGCGACAGACUGAUGGUUGGCACUAUGGAUGGCCGCAUGCUCUAUUUGGAGAAUGGUGACCUUAAAAACAUUUACAGAAUGACCGACACGGUGUCGAUGAAUCUCAAGAUUCGCGAGGAAUACGUCAUGCCUGGCGCUGUUACUUCGCAGAUAGCAAUGAGCACCAAUGAAGAUAUUACUUGGCAACAGAACGUGGCCUGCUUGGUCGCAUUUCCACGUGGAUUCGCUUACGCGCACGGCAUGGGAACAGUGAUAUUCUUCGAAAAAGAAGGGAAACACAAGUACACGAAGAGGAACAUCUAUGUAAUUCCGGAACGAGUGAUGAGAGACGACGAUCCAGAUCUCUACAGGAUCAACACGAUUAACGUGAAUCCCAGUUUUGAUAGACUGAUCAUCACUACUGGGUGGUCCCAGUUGUAUUACGCGACGCUGUGGGGUCCAAAUCUGCAGAUGGACCCGGAGCCGCAGAAACUGAAGAUCAUGGGCCAACCGUUGCAUCAUGGUCCCAUCAAUGGCCUCAGCAUGUGCGCGUGGAAGCCGGUUUUCAUGACGUGCGGCGAACUCGAUCGUAGCAUCCGACUGUGGGACUUUGAGACUGAAAAUCUCAUCAUGCUGAAGCAAUAUAACGAAGACAUAUUCAGCGUUGCAUUGCAUCCGAUGGGACUGUUCUGUCUGAUCGGCUUCACCGACAAACUACGCUUCAUGACCAUCCUGAUCGACAAUCUAUUGCCGAUGCACGAGAUUGCCAUCAGGAAUUGCAGAACAGUUAGCUUCAGUUACAACGGUCAUCUAUUCGCCGCGGUCAACGGCAACAUCGUGCAGGUGUACACCACCAUCGGCUUCUACAAUCCUUUUAUUCUCAAGGGACACACGGGCAAGGUGAAGGCCCUCCUCUGGUCGCAAACAGACUUGAAAAUGUUGAGCAUGGGCGCGGAAGGUGCUAUAUACGAAUGGGACAUGACCACCGGCACACGAUCCAGCGAGUUUAUCUGGAAGGGUGUCGCCUUGCGCGACAUUGCACUCUCGUCGGACACGUCGUACAUUUACUGCAUCGCCCUUGAUGACAUAAUACGCGAAAUCAAGGAGAAUGUGGUAACACGAGAGUUCCGACUGCCCGGCAAAGAAAUGCAGCAAAUGAUCAUGGGGAAAGACGAUCUGACGUUGUUCAUAACUUCUUCCAAUGGUAUUAUCAUCUCAUUGAAAAGUCCGCUUCAAACUCCAAUAGAAUCAACAGACUUUCAUAUACAUUGCGUUGAUAUCACGCAGAUCGCGCUCUCUUACAACGAAAAUUGCCUAAUCUCGGUUGCGAAGGACGGCAGUUUGUGCAUCUGGAAGCUGUAUUCUUUCGAAGGAAAGGUCCUGAAGAUGAGCAGAGAUCUGCCGUACACGAAAGAGGUGUUGAUCGGUAAAGAUGACUUGGAGGAAAAGAUACACAGCAUCAAGAAUCUAACGGUGAGACUGAGAGAAAUGGAAACCGAGCACGCGUAUAAAUUGCGGCAGAUCGACGUUCAACACGACGACAUAUUGCGCAAUGUGCAUCAAGGCUAUUGCGAAGCCAUCAAGGAACUUCGGGAUAAGAUUGAGAAGCUUCAGGAGGAUCAUGUAACCGAGAUCAAUAAUAUGAACGUGAACAUUAUGAAGAUGAAGGCGGUUCAUGAAGAUGCGAUGCAGCAAAUGGAAAAUAAUUACGAGGUCAAGUUAAUCACGGAGUAUGACAAGUAUAAGGCGUUCGAGGAACGUACCAAUGCCAUGCGAGAGAAAUACGAGAUACAAUUGAAGAAUCUUGAAAAACGCGAUGCGGAAGAGUUGCAGAAAACCGUGACUAAAUACGAAGCGUUGCUUCACGAGAAGAAGGUGCAGUUGGAAGAAACGUCCGACGAGAUGACGCACAAAGAGCGCGUUCACCAGCGUCUGAUGGCGCAGAUAGAGGACGACGCGGAUCAUGAGAUUCUCGAGAUACGCACGAAGUACGAGAACUUCCUGUACGAGGAAAGGCAGAUCAAUUUGAAGCUGAAGGGAGAGGCCGGAGUGAUGCGAAAUAAAUUUAUGGCUAGUCAGCGAGACGUGGACGAUUUGAAGAGGCAAGUGCAUCGGGUGCAAGGCGAAUACGCGCAGUUUCAGAAAAAUAUACAGGAUCUCGAGAAGCAGAUAACGGAUCUGAAGAAGGAAAUUGUCGAGAGGAACACCAUUAUUCAGAACAAGGAGCAACAAAUAUAUGAUAUGAAGCGGACGAAUCAGGAAUUGGAGAAGUUCAAGUUCGUGUUGAAUUUCAAAAUUGAGGAGCUGAAGAAUCAGAUAGGACCGAGGGAUCAGGAAAUACAGGAACUGAAGGACAGCAUUCGGGACAUGGAGGUGGAGCUCAUGAAUCUGCACACGGCCAACGAGAACUUGGAGCUGCAGCUACACGAGGUGCGAGAUAAAUUGUGCACUGCGCGCCAAGAGAACGACCGCGAAACGAACAAGAAUAAAAACUGUCAGCAGCUGUUACGGAAAAUUCGCGUUGACAUUCUCAACGCUUCGGAACUCGUGCAGGAGCCGAACGCUUUGAAAACGGCAGUGACCAAUUUGUAUCAUAAGUACAGUGCGGACGACGAAGUCCUGCGUAGUCGAAAAGAGGACAUGGACGCACAGUGCGAAUUUAUUAGGCAGAGAGAUCAUCUGGAGAGGACCAUCGCGUCUCUAAAAAAGCAGCUGUCCCGGGACACGUCUACCGGUGAUAAAAAUUUAAAAAUGACGGAGGAGAACAGUAUGCUCAUCGUGGAAUUAAACGCACUGAGGGAAGAGUUGAAGGAGGCACGAGGACACAUCUUACGUAUGGAGAGUCUGCUAGGAUUAACACAAAAAGACGUGCGACCCGCGGAAGCAAGAAAAAUCCUGGAGCAAGCAUAUUGCGGAUACAAGGAGCUACAAGAAAAAUACACGAGGCAAAUGCAGGAAUAUCAGCAGGUUAUUUUAGCAUUAAAGGAAGAUAUCAAACGACUAUUGAACAAAGUUCCUUGUGAAGAAAUGGAAAAAGAAAAGACAUCGUCUUGAGUAAGUUUGUAUAAUAUUUGAUCUUAGUUUUCUCAGGAGUUUUUACAGAUUUAAACACUGUCAAAUUUUAAUGAUAAAUUAAUAUUUCAGCAUAUUUUUUUACACAUAGUAAAAAUAAUUUUGUGUAUACUUAUGUUCUUUCUAUACUGUAAUUAUAUAUGUAUGUAUAUAUUUGUUUAUUCAAAGGUAUAAGAGCGCAAUACAUUACAGCGCUAUACUCAUAAUAUAUUUUAACAUAAGCAAAAAAACCCCAUCCUAAUAUUAGUAUAAAAAUAAAAAAUUCAAAUGCG